AUGGGCAAUCAGGGAGGGAUGUGUUGUCUUUCUAGGUAGAAGGAGAAUCAUGUUUUGAAUAAUGAAUUAGUUAUAAUUCGAGAAUAUAUGAAUGUGAAAAUAACGGUUAAAUUGGGUGACAUCUAGAAGGAAUCUGGAGAAAGUGUAAUUUGUUUAUAUACAAAUCCUGAUAAAAUUCCGUUAUAGUAAAAUAUUAUCCAAUCGAUUUACGACAAUAUCAGUAGAAGUAUUAAUUAUGCUUAUCCUCUAGUUGGAUAUGAACAGGUCUAUAUUCAAAAUUUAGAAAUGAGUGCCUACAAGUGUAUAACUUAUUAUCGAGUAAGAGUUUUUGAAUCAGAUAAAGAUUUAUUCCAAUAUUAUAACGGGUUUAGAGAGUGUUUAUCGUAGUUGAAUGACGAAGAAUUUAAAGAUAUUCUUAUAUGUGAUUGUCCAAUCAAAUAAAGUAGAGCGUUUAGUUCCGAAGUAUUGGUUAGAUCAGUGAUUGAUUUUAUUGAUGAAUCAAAAAGUAGAUUGAAUAUCAGAAGCAUAACCAUGUUGAAUUGUGAUAAGAAGAGUUCCCGUUUUUUGAAAUAUGAACUAAUCAAAUAAAUAGAAGAAUCUAACGAGCCCAUGAUACGAAAGGAGAGGUAGAACAAAUUCAUGAAAUUUAUUACUUCCACUAAGAGUAUUACAUCUGAAAUGGGCAGAUAAUUAAAAUGUGAUUUCAGUUUGUAAGACUUCGAUCUUGGAGAUGAAUCUAAAUUGGUACAUGCUCUAAAAUAGGAUUAAAUAGAAGAAUAGUGA